CGUGACAUCAACCCCGGCGUUUCUGCCUCUUGCCCAAGGCCGAGGACCUACAGAACCCUAGCUCAACAGAUUAUAAUCUCGAAAUUUCGAUCUCAGCUGUAUCGCAGGGAAUGCCUUUCCGUUAGGUCCGUCCACCCCGCGUUCUUUCCCGUCCGCGUUGGGCGAUGACGCCGAACUGCGAUUUGGCGAUUUGGCGCUGUGUCGCUUGGGAACUUUGGCCUUAGCAAAGAACACUGUGUGAAGGGCACUUUUUAUCCGAAGCUUCCAGGGCCACUGAAUUACGAUCAUCUGAACAAUCAUGGAGGCCGACUGGGAUGAAGUGUCGCGAAUUGCGGUCCCCCCGCCAGGCCCGCAUAUUCUGCCUACCGUUGCAACUACUCUCGCAUUUGAUGACAUUCAGGAGCUUUUGUGGGCUGGAAAUGAAUAUGGACGAAUUGCUUCCUUCUACGGCCCUGAGCUCCAACGAUACACCUCCAUUCGAGCCCACCCGGUCUCCGAAGGCUCCGUCCGACAGUUUCUUUUCCAUGAAAAAGGCGUUAUAUCUUUGUCUUCCAAAAGUGUCCAUAUGGUCACUCGCCGAGGACUAACUCAAUGGCAUAUCACGCACACCGACAUGACCGACCUUCGUUGUAUGAGUUUCACCGCACAGACAAAUCGCAUCAUCGUUGCAGGAUGUCAGAAAUCGAUGUUCUUAAUAGAUAUUGACAAAGGAGCGGUGACUGAUAAGCUAUCAACCGAGUAUAACUACACCAUCAUGAAAAAAAGCCGAUAUCUUUGCGCUGCAACUGAUACAGGUUCUGUGAAUGCGCUGAGCUUGGGAGAUUUUAAAAUUGUCAAGAGUUGGAAGGCUCAUGGUGCCGCAAUAAAUGACAUGGACGCGCGAAACGAUUUUUUAGUUACCUGUGGCUUCUCUGUACGGCAUUUAGGUGCUCCCAUCGUUGAUCCUUUAGCAAACGUAUACGACUUGAAAACCUUAGCACCACUACCUCCGAUUCCUUUUCAUGCCGGUGCAGCGUAUGUGCGCAUGCACCCCCGCCUUCAUACAACCAGUUUUGUUGCCUCUCAAUCAGGGCAGCUGCAAGUCGUGGAUUUAAUGAACCCCAAUACAAUUAACCUCCGUCAGGCAAAUGUCAAUUUCAUGCUAGGGAUUGAAAUCUCACCUUCGGGAGAAGCAUUGGCGAUAAAUGAUGCCGAGUGUGCGAUUCAUCUAUGGGGCUCUCCCAGCAAAAUACACUUCAAUGAAAUGAGCAAAGAGACUGAAUUUGCGGAUGUCGCACCUCAACCCCAAAUAGUCGACUGGUCGCUUGAGACACCUUUGAAUGCGAUCGGGAUGCCAUAUUACCAUGAGCGUCUGUUCUCGGCGUGGCCGAGCCAUCUUGUAUUCGAUGCUGGUAGUCCACCAGCUCCAGUAGAUCCUUCCAUCAUACCAUAUUUACGACCAGCAGAAAUAGGUCAUUAUGCUGCAAAUCCCAAGAAGGGGCGCCGGUAUCAAGUUGAAAAUACACGCCAAUUGAUCUCUGCCGAGCCAGCUUUGGCAGCACCGAGAUUUUUGAGUGAAAAGGCGCGCGAGUUGCCUAGGAACAGGAGCGAUGGGGCCGUUGGGGACGUCUCAGACUCUCUUGCAAGUGCAAAGAUCGGCGCCGUGGUAGAGGAAGACCCUUUGCUCAAGUAUAGUAAUGUUGAAAUCAAGUACAGCAGAUUUGGAGUCGAUGAUUUUGAUUUCAGGUACUACAACAAGACCGCAUUUUCCGGUUUGGAAACCCAUAUAGCGAAUUCUUUCACCAACUCCCUUCUUCAACUGUAUAAAUUCAUCCCUCUAGUGCGAAAUCUCGCACUAAAUCAUGCUGCGAGCAGCUGUGUAUUCGAAGACUGUCUCUUGUGCGAAAUGGGUUAUCUCUUUGAUAUGUUGGAUAAAGCAAAUGGCCAGAAUUGUCAAGCUACGAACCUCCUCAAAACAUUCAGUGGUUUUCACGAGGCUUCCAAGCUGGGUUUAUUGGAAGAGAAUCUGACAAACAAGGCGUUAUCCGCUGCCAUUCAAUCAGUCAAUCGAUUUAUUCUGAACCAAGUUUCUGGUGACACUCGCGCUGUCAACCCUGAAUCCGACGAAUUGGAUCGAAACCUCGCAACUGUCGCAUCUGAAUCUAUUCGGUGCAUGUUUUGCCGAAACGAAAUCGUUCGACCAGGUAACUCUUUCGCUAAUGAACUCAUCUACCAAGCCCCUGAUAUCAAACAAGCUCGGCGAAACAUGUCGGUCAAGUUCUCCGCUAUCCUGAAGUCUAGCAUUGAGAGAGAAACACAAAAUCGGGGCUGGUGCAAUCAUUGUAGACGAUAUCAGCAACUCGCAAUUCGAAGAACGGUUCAUCGCAUGCCGCCAGUCUUAAUGUUAAAUACAGGGCAUACAACUCAUUUCCGCCAGCUUUGGGCAACUCCCGGGUGGCUACCCGAAGAGCUUGGAAUCGUUGUUGAAAAUGGCUUGUUACAUUGCUUCGAAGGCGAUGAGCUUCGACACCGUAUACUGAAUAAUACUCCAGGGCUAACGGUGUACGAACUAGUAGGCUUGGUAGCUGAGAUCGAUAUCACUGAACACCAAAAGCCACAUUUGGUAUCUUUCAUCAAUGUCAGUGUAUCCGCACGGCAUAUGGAACAGAAAAAUAGAUGGCACUUGUUCAACGACUUCUUGGUUACUGAAGUGCCUCGAGAGGAGGCAUUGAAAUUCACCGAUACUUGGAAAGUACCUAGUGUUGUGGCGUACCAGGUGAAGAGCGCGAGGCACAAUGUGGAUGAUUCAUGGAAGGCCAAACUAGAUACCACGUUAUUAUUCCAUGAAUGGUCGAUGAAUGGCGGUCGAGUCACGGAAUCUUGUCAUAUCCUUGCUCCUGAUGAACGACCGCAGCCAGGAACUCCAGUUGCCCUCGAUACCGAAUUUGUGGACUUGGAGAAAGCUGAGAUUGAUGUCAAAGCUGAUGGCUCCCAGGAGAUGGUUCGGCCAAGUAAGAGCGGUCUGGCACGGGUGUCUGUCUUGAGAGGAUCCGGGCUCCACGAAGGCGUCCCUUUUAUCGAUGACUACAUUACCAUCAAAGAAACCAUCGUGGAUUACGUGACACAAUACUCUGGUAUCAAACCUGGCGACUUGGAUCCUCGCACCAGUCAGCACAACCUAGUACCUCUGAAGGUCGCCUACAAAAAGCUUUGGGUAUUACUCAACCUAGGUUGUGUGUUCGUCGGGCACGGUCUAGCAUCUGACUUCCGAAAAAUCAACAUUCAAGUCCCCAAGACCCAAACCGUGGACACCCAGUAUCUCUUCUUCCACCCCGCAAAGAAUCGUCGGUUGAGUUUACGAUACCUUGCUUGGGCUGUGUUCAAGGAAUACAUCCAGGAAGAAACCGCCGAUGCCACGGAAGGGCACGACUCAAUUGAGGACGCGCGUAUGGCCCUACGACUCUGGAAAAAGUUCCAAGAAUACGAAGACGCAGGCAUCGUCAACCAGAUGCUUGAGGAAAUAUUUUCUCAGGGAUUCAAACUUAGUUUCCGACCACCUCCUCGAAACGGCGGUAACCCUGCUGCAGCGGCCCUCAACCGUCCUGGUACAGCCAUCAGCAACUCGGCGAACGGCAGCGGUCGCAACACACCUGAUCUCGCAGGUAGUGGUGGUAAUAAUAGCAAUAGCAAUACGACAGCGGGAAAUAGUACCCCGUCUACUCCACGACAGGCAUUCAGACGAGCGAAUGCUUUGACCCCUAGCAACGGGACAUUCGGUACCCCUGGACAACCGGAUUUCACGACCGGGAGCCCUUUGAGAUAGUUACAUAUGUAUACUCGUUAGACGGACCGAUUGUGUUCUUGGGCUGCAAGUCCCAUUUUUGUCAUGACCGUAUAUUGAUACUCAUAUUAGUAUAGCCUGAGAACUUGUAGCCAGCGGGUCAGCUUCAUACAAAAUUACAUCUACAAAUGUUUUUAUGUCUAUCACUAAUGUAGCUUAAGAUCAGAUCAACCUUGAAUAGAAUGGACAUAUUAACCUCACACCAACACAACCAGCUUCUUCGCACUGACUCCUUUCGCCAACAGAUCAACCCCCUCCUGCACUGCUUCCAGUCCAUUUCCAACUACCUCAGGCGGAGGAGCAUACUUGACUUUCUUCUCCACCAUGGCCUGAUUGAGCCAUUUCCAAACCGGCUCCAUAUACUGGGUAUCGUGAACAUCCAGCUUCAAAUUCGUCACAAUCGUCACCCCCUUCGAUCCCUUCG